AAAAAUAUCUAACGCUUUGGUUCUGAGGUGACGUCAUUGUCCGUGCCGGCAGCUGAUGUGUAGUUCCCAACGCGAAGAACAAGUUCAUGCUGACGCGCUCGCCUUUUAAGCCGAUUUUUAUCGAGUUUUGACAGUUACGGUUUCCAGCAUGGGAAGAAUACAGCUCUCGUGGCUUUUCGUUCAGGCUGCGCUCGUCGUGGCUUCGUGUUUCACCGAUAUGGAAACGGGGCCUGGUGCAGGUGUAUCGACGCAGACCACCGCCACAGAUCGGUUCAAAAUCGAAGGAAGGGCGAUCGUUCCAGGGGUAAAAACACAAGACUGGGUCUCCACGGCGCGAGUUCUUGUAGACGGUGAAGACUACGUGGGUUUUUUGAGAACGGAUGGGAGUUUCGCAGUCAACGAUGUACCCUCCGGGUCUUACGUUGUAGAAAUUGUCACUCCAGGAUACCGAUUUGAGCCUGUGCGUGUUGAUAUUACAUCUAAGGGGAAAAUGAGAGCACGCCUUGUGAACUACAUUAAGACUUCAGAAGUGAUCCGCCAGCCAUAUCCUCUCCAAGUUAGAGCAAGCGGCCUACACAGCUACUUCAUAAAGAGGGAAACCUGGGGCUGGACUGAUUUCCUCAUGAACCCAAUGGUUAUGAUGAUGGUGUUGCCAUUGCUGAUUAUUGUUCUACUGCCCAAAGUGGUCAACACGAAUGACCCCGAAAUGAGGAAGGAAAUGGAGCAAUCCAUGAAUAUGCUCAACCCCAACCCUGAGCUCCCAGAUGUGUCUGAGCUCAUGACAAAGUUGUUCUCGGGCUCCAAGGGCUCCAGCAAGGCGGGCGGUAGCAGCAAGGGCGCCAGACCAGCUGUCAAGAGGAGGUAGUACACAUAACUCAUAU